AUGGGUCGUCUUCACUCCAAGGGAAAGGGUAUCUCCGCCUCUGCGCUGCCCUACUCGCGCACUCCCCCCGCCUGGCUCAAGACCACUCCUGAGCAGGUCGUCGAGCAGAUCAGCAAGCUCGCCAGGAAGGGUGCCACCCCUUCGCAGAUUGGCGUCAUCCUCCGUGACUCCCACGGCGUUGCCCAGGUCAAGAUUGUCACCGGUAACCGCAUUCUGCGCAUCCUCAAGGCUCAGGGCCUCGCUCCUGAGAUUCCCGAGGACCUUUACAUGCUCGUCAAGAAGGCCGUCUCCGUCCGCAAGCACCUCGAGCGUAACCGCAAGGACAAGGACUCCAAGUUCCGCCUCAUUCUGAUCGAGUCCCGCAUCCACCGUCUCGCCCGCUACUACAGGACCGUCGGUGUCCUGCCCCCCAACUGGAAGUACGAGUCCGCCACCGCCAGCACCAUGGUCGCAUAA